AUGAAUAUGAAUGAGAAGGAGGCCGCUUUGUGGUCUGAGGGAGGCCUAAAUGUCACCCUCACCAUCCGCUUACUAAUGCACGGAAAGGAAGUGGGUAGCAUCAUUGGAAAGAAAGGGGAAACUGUAAAGAAAAUGCGAGAGGAGAGCGGAGCUCGUAUUAAUAUAUCAGAUGGCUCCAGCCCAGAACGCAUUGUCACCAUCACGGGCUCCUCUGAGGUUAUCUUCAAAGCUUUCGCUAUGAUUGCAGAGAAAUUUGAGGAGGAUAUACUGGCCUGUAUGGUAAACAGCACAGUGACGAGCAGACCUCCAGUAACACUACGACUUGUAUUCCCCGCCAGCCAGUGUGGCUCGCUUAUCGGCAAAGGAGGAUCCAAGAUCAAAGAGAUCAGAGAGACCACAGGUGCCCAGGUGCAGGUAGCUGGAGACUUGCUCCCGGAGUCAACUGAAAGAGCGGUGACCAUAUCUGGCAUCCCCGACGCCAUCACACAGUGUGUGAGGCACAUUUGCACUAUCAUGCUGGAGUCACCACCUAAAGGAGCGACAAUUCCUUAUCGGCCUAAACCUUCCGCUGGUGGCAAUCCCACAGUCUUAACCCACCCACACACAACUCCCGCUUUUGCUGUUCCGACACAGUAUGCCAUUCCGACCCAAGACUUGACCAAGCUUCACCAGUUGGCUAUGCAGAAUAUCCCCUUUACCUCCCUUGGGCAGAGCAACCCUACCUUUCCUGGAGUGGAUACCUCUGUUGCCACGUCUCAUGAGCUGACCAUACCGAAUGAGCUCAUAGGCUGCAUUAUUGGCAGACAGGGCACUAAGAUCAAUGAAAUCCGCCAGAUGUCUGGAGCACAGAUCAAGAUAGCAGGAGCUACAGAUGGUUCGGCUGUGCGCCAUAUUAGCAUUACGGGCUCCCCGACCAGCAUCUGCUUGGCCCAGUACCUUAUCAGUGCCAGUUUAGAGAUGGCUAAACUCAGCAUCCAGGCUGCCUCCUCCUCCUCUGGCACUCCCGUUGACCUCGGACUGAGUUUCCCCCAGUCUGCAAAUCCUGCAUCUGCCUCCGCUUCGGCCUCUAUGGCCAUGCUGGCUGCUCCUCCCACGGCCAUUAACGUCCACUCCCAAAUGGCUAUGCCAUCUAUUCCCAGUGCCCAUUAUGCUCUCCCUGUGUCCAGUCUGUUUGGCAUGAAAACCGUGCCUCUGCUGGCCAUGCAUGCUGCUGCCACACCAGGCCUUGUUCCCUACACUGCAAAAAUCCCUGCCUCGGCUACCACCAAAAAAUCUGAGCGGCAGAAAUUUGCCCCGUACUGA